AUGCAUUACAAGCGCGACCACCAGACCAGCACAAGGACCGUAGUGAAUGGAAUCCUCGACUCCAAUUUUGUUUUACGCAAUUCGUUGGGCGCCAACACUGAAGAGACGCAGUGUACGGAUACCCAUCCUUGGUUUUCCGUCUGCUUAUUAGCUGGCAUUUUGUGUGGUCUUACGUACAUAAGCGCCGGGCUGCAGGACAGGGAGGCCAGCCCCUCGGUGCCAAUUUGGGGCCUAGCUUGA